AUGACGACCCCCAACAUCGAGCUGCUCACAGCGGCCACACCCAACGGCCAAAAGAUCUCCAUUUUCCUCGAAGAACUCGGCAUCCCCUACAAGACCACCGCCAUCGAUCUAUCCAAAGACGAGCAGAAGUCCGCCUCCUUUCUCAAAGUCAACCCCAACGGUCGCAUACCCGCGAUUGUAGACCACAGCCGCGACUCAUACCCCGUCUUUGAAUCUGGAGCCAUCUUUCUGUAUCUCGCCGAACACUAUGACAAAGACUUCAAGUUCAGCUUCCAGGAUAGUGACGAGCGGAUGGAUAUGAUACAGUGGCUCUUCUUCCAGAACGCCGGCGUGGGCCCAAUGCAAGGACAAGCGAACCAUUUCGUGCGCUACGCACCCGAGAAGAUUGACUAUGGCACAAAGAGAUACAAGAACGAGACAAAGCGCCUCUACUCGGUACUAGAAGCGCGACUCCAGGAUAGAGACUAUCUCGCAGGCAAAGGCCGCGGCAAGUACAGUAUUGCGGAUAUCACGACUUUUACAUGGGUUCGGUGGGCACCUUGGGCGGGGAUUGAGAUGACCAAGUUUCCGAAGCUAAAGAAGUGGUGUGAGGAGAUUGAGGAGAGAGAUGCGGUCAAGAGAGGGCUUUUGGUGCCGUCGGGCGAAGAUCAGAUUGAGAAGUUGAGGAGGAAUCCUGAUGUGCAGGAUCCGUUUAAAGCGUGGGUGAGGAAGGGCCAGAAGGAGAUCGCGGAUACACAUGGGAACUAG